AUGUUCACCGGUCAAAAGAUGUUCGACAAUGAGGGCAACAUCAUCGCCAUUUCGACAAUAUUUGGAUGGGUCAUAACAUCUAUCGUAACCACCGGCCAGCUCGAGGAUGUCAACCCGAAAUUUCAUGGGAAACCAGACGACUAUGAAGUUGAACAGCACUUUGUCAAGACACACACUCGUGACCCCAAGGGGCGUUACAUCGUCGAACUUCUGUUCAAAAACUCCAAGGAACAGAUUUCAGAUACAUUACAAGGAGCACUCACAAGAUUCAAGGGUGUAGAACGCCGCCUAGAGAAAGACCCCAAUCUGAACUCACAGUACGUGCAAUUUAUGCGGGAUUAUCUUCAAUUGGGCCACAUGCGAGAACUACCUCCAGAAGACAUUGACAAACGGCCAAGCUUUUACUUGACACAUCACCUUGUAAUCACCCAAAAGUUACGGGUCGUAUUUGAUAUUUCAUUCAAGGACACGAAUGGAAGGUCCUUACAUGAAGCUCUGCACAUUAAACCCAGAAGUAGCUAUUAA